GUUGGAGUACACAUCCCACUGAGUGAAAACAGGUUGCUAUAUUUUCACCUUUACAUAUAAGUGAUCCGCACAGUAACUAGCUUGUCGAUGCGGCAGACUCUCUUUCACUUUCGAUUCCUGCUUACUCGCCUGGACUUAUAACUACUGAAAAGUUGCUCUACGAAGUCUGUGACGUUCUCGAUGGCGAGUUAAACCAUUUUUCAGCAGCCACCGACAACAUGAAGUACGCUGGAAGUAUGUGGACAUAAACAACCAGUAUCGUCGUCGUCGUCCUUCAGACAAGCUGUCAACGCGUGUCCAUACAGGUGCUGGUGACAUUCCUCUGAGAUUUUGGUGCAUAUUGACAUGAUGGCAUCACACAGUUGCUGCAGGUUUCGCAGCUUCACACCGAUGAUAUGGAUCUCCACUUCCACCACCUCUCAAAGGAAAUGGAAUUCCAAAAUUUGUUGCUAAAGGUGGGUAAGGCACUGUCUAAAGAUGAAGUGAAAGCCUUGGUCUUUCUUUGCACUGACCUCCUGGACCAAAAGCCAAACAAGGUGGAAACGGCCAGUGAGCUCUUCUCCUGCCUGAUGAAACAAGACCAUCUCUCACCUGAGAACCCACAGCUCCUGACCGAGCUUCUGGUCACUACUGAACAUCAUGCCCUGAUCCGGGAUCUCUGUCUCGCUCCACAUACAACAACGAGCUUUAUUUCUCCCUACAGGAAGCUUCUUUACAGCCUCUCUGAAGAAAUUACUGAUGGCGAUCUGAGAGAAGUGAAGUUCUUGUUAAACACGAUGAUCCCACGUAGAAAACUGGGGGAACAUAUUACUACACUGGAAGUCUUCCUGGAGAUGGAGCGCAUGGACCACCUUAGCGAAAGUAAUCUAAACACCCUGGAGACCAUAGUGAGGGAGGUGUGUCCCAUGCUGAAUGCUAAAAUCAACCAGUUUAAAAAACAGCGAGUCACCUGUCCCGUUAUGACAACUGAUGCUAUAUCAACUCAAGAAAAGGAGUCCGUCACCAUGCCGAUAUCGCCAUCUACAAACACACAAGAUGAGGGCUUGGGAACAUAUCCCAUGACAUCUGAAAAGAGGGGCAUCUGUUUAAUUGUUAACAACGAUAACUUCAGUAAGUCCAGCCAACUAAGGAAACGGGAAGGAACUGAAGUGGAUCAAAAAUGUCUGCAGAGUGUGUUUCAGUGGCUCGGCUUUAAAGUGGAGAGCCACCAUGACUGUGACACGAACGAGAUGCUCUCUGUGUUCAAGGAGCUUGGCAAAAGAGACCACAGUCGGUUUGACUGCGUAGUGUGCUGUGUUCUGAGUCAUGGUGUGGAAGGCAGCGUGUACGGUGUGGAUGGAUCCACUGUCAAGAUCAGUGAUUUGACGGACCUUUUCAAUGGAUUAAAUUGCCCGUCUUUAGUGGGCAAGCCCAAGCUGUUUUUCAUCCAGGCCUGCCAGGGAAACAACGAGCAGCAAGCUGUCUUCAUUGAAUCUGAUAGCUCUGCAUACAGCUUUCAUUGGACUGAUGCUAUAAAGGCUAAACAGGGUAUCCCAAAUAGUGCAGAUUUCCUGCUGGGAAUGGCCACAGUUCCUUUUCAUGUUUCCUUCAGAGAGAGAACCAAUGGCACCUGGUUUAUUCAGUCUUUGUGCCAAAACCUUGUUCAGAUGGUGCCCAGGGAGUUUGAUCUCAUGUCAAUCCUGACAAAAGUGAAUGCAGAUGUUAGCAAGAAGAGUGAUCCGUAUGGUCAAAGAAAGCAGAUGCCUCAGCCAGCCUUCUCACUCAGGAAGAAGGUGGUGUUUCCGGUUCCCAACGUCCCUCCUCCAUCUAUUCACAAAGCAUCGUCAAAUUCUUGAUUUUUGAUUACUUCAGAGCUGUGGAUGCAGAUUAAGAAUUAAAUGCAACAAUUUGUUGAAAUGCAGAAGUUUUCUAUCAAAAUAUUUUUAAUGCAGUUUUGUGUAGAAUAUUUUGAAUUUUAGUCCUCUGUGAUCAGGAUUAAUGUUCUUAAUAAAUGUGGCUCUCGAUAACCUCA